AUGUCGUUAAGAAAAGUCAGAUCAUUACCUUCAUUAAGAGUAUUGUGUGAAGCUUCGAAUCCUUUGAUCAAGCCAGUAGCUCCGGCAUUACCAUACCAAAUUAGACAAGUGCAUAACACAAAAAAGAAUGAACAUAGUCCUUUGCUCACAAACGAUUCCCACAGUGCAUUUACAAGAAUGAGUUUGAAAACUCUAAAGAAUGAGUGUCGGUCGCGUGGUUUAAAAGUAAGUGGGAGGAAGUCUGAGUUGGUGGACCGUAUUCUGCUAUUUGAAGGAAGAGGUUCGAAGAAGAUUCAUACCUCUUCUGUGAGUAGAGCUAAGAAUGAUUCUUCUCAUAUCGACGCAAUGAAAAUCCCUGAUGUGGCCAAAUUGGAGGCAGAGGCAAACAGCAAGAAUCGCGACUACAUUGUGAAGAUUCCGACCUUAGUGAACAAUGCUUCUGCCGAGCCAAAAACCAAGAUUGAGAAAGAAUACGAACAAAAAUUGAAAUCUGCUGACAAGAAACCACUGGUGGAAAAUGUCGGUACUGUAACGACACCAGAUACUGACCAUGUUAUCCAGACACCAUCAUUUGGUGAUAAAGUUCAAGUUGUUAACCCCGAGGAAGAGGCCUUGGAAAAUGAUUCGCAAAAAUUAGACAACAAACAACAGCAGCAACAAUCGUACGACGAAGAGCUUACAUCUAGAGAUAAAUGGUUUUUAUGGGGUUUUGCGGGAGCUGUUACAGCAUGGUGGUCGCUUAAGAGCAAACCCAAAGAUAAGUCCAAGAAAUGA